GGGAGAGCCCCGGGGGUGUUUGGCAGCCUGUGGGGGGCAGCGCGGGCUGCAGAGGCGCUGGGAUUAAGGAAGGAACAUUCCUGACGGCGGGAACGCAGCGCUGAGCAGCCAUGGAGGGGAUGCAGCAGGUCGUGGGCCGGGCCAGAGCCGCCUUCAGCUCGGGCCGGAGCCGCUCGCUGGAGUUCAGGAUGCAGCAGCUGAAGGCCCUGGAGCGGAUGGUGCAGGAGAAGGAGAAGGAGAUCCAGGCAGCCCUGCAGGCGGAUCUGCACAAGAGUAGGCUCUGUGCGUACAACCAAGAGAUCCUGAUCGUACUAAUGGAGCUGACCAUGGCCAUGAACAAGCUGCUCUCAUGGACAGCCCCUCAACCUCUGCAGAGGAGUGUGCUGACAAUGUGGGACAAGACCUACCUCCACCCUGAGCCCCUGGGGGUGGUGCUGAUCAUGGGGGCCUGGAACUACCCCUUUCUCCUUGUCAUGCAGCCUUUGGUGGGGGCCAUCGCAGCAGGCAAUGCUGUGGUGGUGAAGCCAUCAGAGGUGAGUGAGCACACGGCUCGGCUGGUGGCUGAGAUCCUCCCCCAGUACCUCGACCCGGAGCUGUACCCCGUGGUCACUGGAGGAGUCCCUGAGACAACAGCACUGCUGACCCAGAGGUUUGAUCACAUCCUCUACACCGGCAACUCCACUGUGGGCAAAAUCGUGAUGGCAGCGGCCGCCAAGCACCUGACGCCCGUCACCCUGGAGCUGGGUGGGAAGAGCCCCUGCUACAUCGACAAGGACUGUGACCUGGCUGUCACCUGCAGGAGGAUAACGUGGGGGAAGUACAUGAACUGUGGGCAAACCUGCAUUGCCCCAGACUACAUCCUCUGUGACCCGUCCAUCCAGAGCAAGGUGGUGGAGAACAUCAAGGCGACUCUGCAGGAGUUCUAUGGGGCAGAUGUGAAGUCAUCUCCAGAUUACGAAAGGAUCAUCAACAAGCGCCACUUCCAAAGGAUCGUGGGCCUGCUGGAAGGGCAGAAGAUCGCUCACGGAGGGGAGGUUGAUGAGGCCUCCUGCUUCAUAGCCCCAACUGUCCUCACCAACGUAUCUCCAGAAUCAAAGGUGAUGGAGGAGGAAAUCUUUGGGCCAGUCCUUCCCAUUGUGCCCGUGAAGAGCGUGGAGGAAGCCAUUGAGUUCAUCAACCGUCGGGAGAAGCCCCUUGCCCUGUACGUCUUCUCCAACAACAAGCAGCUGAUCAGACAGGUGAUAUCGGAGACCUCCAGUGGCAGCGUGGUAGCCAACGACGUCUUUGUGCAGUUUCUGGUUCUGGGUCUGCCCUUUGGUGGUGUGGGUAACAGUGGGAUGGGCACCUACCAUGGCAAGCACAGCUUUGAGACCUUCUCCCACCACCGCCCCUGCUUGAUCAAGGACCUGAAGAUGGAGAUUAUGAACCAACUCCGGUACCCACCCCAAACCCAGAGGAAGGUGGAUUGGGCCAAGUUCUUCCUCUUGAAGCCAUUUAACAAGGGCCAACCAAGACUGGUCAUCCUGUCCCUGCUGGGGAUUGUGGUAGCAGUGGUGGCAAAGGAGAUCUUAGGCUCUUGGCUGUCUGUGUGAGGGCAUGUUCCCAGCUCUGUCCCCCAACUCCACCUGGUCUCAGCCUCCAUCAUCCCUUUGCCUCGGGCUCUACCUGUGGGACUCAGCCUUGUUUCUGGGCCUCUCUAGAUGGUGUCCCCCCAAUGAGAGGGGGUGGGACGCCCCUCUAAUGCAGAGAAACCCCCAGCUGAAGGCUCCAUCUCCUGCUGAAACACAGGAAUCUGUUCCAACCUCAGCAGUGAGUGAUGGAAGGAGGCAGCAUCUGCCCUGGUUUGCAGACAGGAGCCCAUCUACAAGCUCUUGGCAACAGGAGAAGUGAUUUGUCAUGAGGGUAUCAAAAUAAAGGCAGUUAUGACUGA